GUCUUGCAAUUACUCAACUCCUACAUCUUAACCAAAAUUUCCUCUCAAGUCUGUCUUCUUUGGAGCAGCUUGGUUCACUCGAUGAAGCAGGGGAAAAGGCAUCAAAAGUCAUGAAAUCGACCUCAGGCGGCGGUGAUGUGAGUGGGGGAUGUUAUCUGCAGCUGAGCAGUAGGAGGCUGGAGAAACCCUUGGUGGGUUUUGAAAGGAAAAGACGGAAACACCCUUUGAAGGAAUCGAAAAGACAGAAUCGGAGUUUGAGGGUGAGGGAGAUGAAGGGCAAUCUUGGAAUUCUGGGUCUGUUGAGGGUGAAGGGGAGAAGAAGGAAGAAGUUCAUGUACAGGAAAAUCAGAAGGAAAUUGACAACAAUGGCAGCUUUGAAGGUGAAAACUUGCUGGAAUUUGAUGGUACAGAGAGGAACAACAUAUAACAUUUCUCUGGGCACUGCAAAGAAAAUACUUACAAAGAGUUGAAGAGUUUACGUUAUUUGUGACACAUUGUAUACUCCAGAAGUUGUGACACCACUAGAAUUUGAACGAUAGAUUGUUAAAUCAUAACGUUCCGAACAACUUCUUGAGCAUUUUUCUUUUCUUUUUUUUGUCCUGUACAAGUUGUUUGAGUUGCUUUAAUGCUUGAGACUUUGUUUUUAAUUUUUCAGAUCAUUCCUUAUAUUAGAACAUACACACAACCCGAAUUAAUGUAAUCCUUGCAAUUUGUGCUUUUAUAACUGAAUAAUUUCCAGCAA